AGUAUCGGUACUCUUAUUCAGUUUCAGAGCUAAGUCUCUGUUCGAGUUUGACUGAUCAUGAAGUGUUGCUAUCUGCUACACCUACAUAUCUGCUUAACCAGGACCAGAAAACAUUGUCUUCAAGCUUCUUACUUACUUAUUCAGAAAUUCUUCAUAGUGGGUAACCCCUACCCCCCCUUGUCCCCCCCGUGCGCCGUGACGCGUGUCUCUCUCGCAGAUAGAUGAGGUUUUAAUCAAAUUGAAAUUUCGAUUUCCUGAUGAACGAUUCUGGGAAUCAUGUCUUCAUGCUUGUUGAAACAUCGUUUUUAGUGAGACAAAUUCGUUAGCGAGCCCCAAUUUAUUUUUAUUAGUUAUUCUUGUUUCUUCGGCUUCCUUUGAUUCUUCUAUUUCGGUACUAGUAUUAAGUCCUUCAUCCUUUGUUGUUCCCACGAAGUCAACAAACGUCAUAAGGAAGAAAAGAUGUCGGCGUCUAGAAGAGAUCGUCUUACGCGGACAGCGUUGCGAGAUCUCGCUGUCCCUCUGCUCACAAGCACUAGAACGACUCAUCACGUGCAUGUUGUUGGUACACAAUCACAACUUCUAAAUGAUGGUUCAUCUGGAGGACCUUCAUCUGGACCACGACAGGAGCUGCAACUACAGAACCAGGACGCCUACCCUCAGAAUCAGAAAAUCUCUGUGACCACAUGGCUUCGCGUCAUUCUGACGUUUAUGGGUUCCGUUGUUUGCGCAGGCUUGAUCCCGGGACAAGCGUUAUUCACACAAUUUUUCGCAGAGGCUGGUGUGAUGUCAGAUCUGUGUACGAAUGAUUCUGCGAAUACGAAGAUGGACCAACAGGAGUUGCUGGAGCUAAUACCGAGGAACAAUGGCUACUAUAUCAAUGGCCAGCAGAGGUGGUUCCUAAGGCCAGGACCAGGAGCAAGUCCAAUGGCUACAUUUCCCCAGCCAGAAACAUUGAAUUCUUUUUCCUCGUCGGAAACUAUUAGACUUUCAACAUCCACACUUGUUCCGAGCAAACCGGAAACUUGCACUGCUCAGUUUGUGUUUCUCGCGAAUAUUUUUACGACACUGUCCGCUUUUGCCAUUGCUGGUUACUUACCAGCUGGCAUCAUCUUCGAUGCCUUGGGGGGUCGCGCCGCGGCCGUCGGCGGUGCCGCUUUGCUCCUUGUCGGAUUAGUGUUUCUCAUUGGUGCGAUCCAAGCCACUUCCAUUGUCUCGCAGCGAUUUCUUUUCGUAACUGGCUUGCUGUUGACAGACGUCGGCUCCAUGAUUAACUCGAUCUCGAUUUUAGGCUUUUUGUGGCACUUACCAGGAUGGAAUGGACUUUUAUUUGCACUGAGCGCUUCAGCGUAUUAUGUCAGUGCUUUUCUGCCAUUGUUGCUGCAAUCGACCAUUAUGGACCAGUUUGGAGCACCUUUCGAAACGGCUUUGUUGAUCUACGCGAUUCCCGUCUUUAUGUCGAUGGUGGUACUAUUCGUCUGCGUCCCGUCAGCGAAAGAGUAUCGACGAGCGGCUCAGAAAGCUUUGGGGAUUCCAGUACCGGUUCCGAAAAUUAGCUGGCGUCAGAUUCGAUUGAAUGUAGUGAUGAGUUGCAGAACAUUGUGUUUGAAAGGAGGUGGAAAGAAAGAUGACAUUAAGGUGGAUAGCGCUAGGAGGCUACGUGGAGGUCUAGAAGCAAUCAUGGAUCAAGCGUCGAUGUCGCAGGACGACGCUGUUGGACGACUCGAGGACAAAGAUGAUAAUGCUGUAGAGGACCUAAUCGACUAUCCGCGCCAGCAUGCCACUAUGGUAUUUGCGAUGAUCUUUGCGAAUGUUGCCUCCUUUAUGUACAGCGCAACGCCGCAGCCUUACGCCACAGCCCUCUUUGGUGGUGACACAGCUGCUGGCGACCAGCUGGGACAGCUUGUGGCAGCGAAUUUGGGCUAUGUGGGGCUCAUCUUUGGCCCAGCGUCCGGCUUCAUAAUUGAUGUAAAACCGUUGGAGCACUAUGCAGGGAGCGAAAAUGCGGAAUGGAUCAAACGGAGUGUGAAAAGGCUUCGGAGGAGCGCCAGGGCUGCUCAUAAAACGGUUGUGCAUGUGCUUCGAGCGAGCAGGGAUAUAAGAUCACUCCAAGAAGAAGGAUACCAAAUUUUUCCACAUCAUACAGAUGAAGAUGGGAACAAGAACACUUACAACACUGCUAUGAACACUGCCGCCAGCACUACCUCUACUCCAAGAACUUCUAGAGAAACAGAAAGGGACAUACCCGUCCCUCCACGUCUAUCGUUCCGUGGUAACGCUGCUAAUGAUCACCUGGGUGUAAAAUUGCUUACCUGGGUUAGCCUCGGUUGUGUCGCUGUGCUGUGUGCCAAUUGCAUGAUAGCUGACUGGACCGCUCAAGCUUUAGCAGUGACUGCCGCUAACGCUUUGCAGGUGGGUUGCAAUACUCUGAUCCUUUGGUACGUCAUCUAUUUUACGCCGGCGAAUCGUGUGGGUACAAUCAGCGGUGUUUUGACCGCUACUUUUGGGUUGCUGGGUGUGCCAGCGACGCUGUUGUAUUCCUACGGGUUGGUAGGUGGGCUUAUGCCGGAGGUGUUGGGGACUGCUGGGAGCACAGGAAAUGGACAAGAAGUGGGGACUACAACGACUCGGGCAGUAGUUCUCGAUGAUCAUCAGCAACAAGGGACCGAGCAACAACAGCAUGCGAUAAUCGUUUACAGUUAUGCCUUUCCUGCUGUUGCGUGCGGAGUUUUGGGCAUCUACUUGUUCCACGUAUUCGCAAGAGAUUUGAGGAUUCCAGCAGAGCCACCUUUGCUGGCAGAAGACGAGGUGGAGAUCGCGCGUCGUUUUGCUGUCGCUUCGAUAGAUGACGCAUGCUUUGUGCUGGACUUACCGCGUGCGAGCUUCCUUAGACUAGCUGCGUCUGCGAAUGUGACAGAUGCGAGGAUUUUGGUUGACCGAAUGGCAGCGGUAGGCUCGGAGCGGCUGGUCAAAUUGGCUAGGAGAAAGACGGAUGCGAGGUUGAUACUGGCUGAAAAGCAAAAGAGGGGAAUUUCUCAAAACAAGCAUUGCGAUGUUGAAGCCUCUUGUCGUCUCGAUAUGCAGCAGAAUUGCGAGAACGAAAAGGAGAUGCGCCGUGAGCACAAGCAAGGAAACGUCCAUGAAGAGAAAGGUAGAAAAAUAUAUCGAGGAUCUUAUCGUAUAACUUGGAAUACCACGACGACGAAAGACGGAGAUUCCACGGCGCAGUCUAGUAUGAGUGCAACAAUCGCGGCAGACUUUAUUCUGGAAGCUUUUUGUCCUGGUACUGUGAGUAACGGGUUCUUGUUAACUGAAGCUGCUGUUGUAUCUUCAUAUCCUUCACCCCUGGUAGCAGAAGCAGAGACAGGAGCUCAUCCUGGACGGAACCCGUUGCCUGCCUGGAAUCCGAUGAUGGAGUGGUCAGUGCGAUGUGGGGAAGAUGUUGAUAAGGGGAAGAUAGUGAGGAAUUUUUUGGAGUCCGCACGGUUCAACUUCAUUCUCAAUUAUUAUACAAGUAUGGAAUUCGGGAAGCUUUUACAAAUAUACUUGCCUGCUCGCAAGGAAAGGACUACGACGGAUGACAUGGGAGGUUCUUCAAGCAUUUUAACAGCUCCUCAGGUGAAAGUGCAAGUCGACGUACUUACGCAACACGUGGACGAGCAAGAUGGAAAUGAUGGGACAGCACAACGACUUAGAAUCCGUCCUGAAGGUGAAACUGCCGCUUUGGACCUUCGGGAGAAUGACAAGAAGGCGAAGAUAAGGAUGACGGACAUCUUAACAAAUCUGGAAGAAAAGCAUCAGAACGACAUGACAGCUCUUCACCAGCGACGGAUGGAGAAGUACAAAGCCUUGAAACAGAAGGAACAAGACAUGACUUUUCUUGCGAACAAAAGUCAAAGUACCUCCUCCGCACAAGUUCAUCCUGCCAACAAGGACAAAAGCAAAAACACUCAGAAACAUUUGAAGAAAGACUUGAAACAGUUAUUUUCUGCCUUGGAGACAGCUCGAAUAAAAGAUGCAACAACUACAACACAAGAAGAAUCGGAGGAGGAAGAACUAGCCGGUCUACUAUUUGCUCUGCCUCCAGGUGUGGUUCCUCAUACAGGCAGUAUCGAGUACUUUCAUGCCUUGGCAGCAGCAGCAAAGGGUGCGGAAGGGACUUCGUCGGCGACUGCAUCAUCAUCCAGUUCGAGUAGUACAGCAACAGGUACAACUGUUGUUCUCUCUGGCCCUGCGAGAGGCGUUCUCUCUGGCCCUGCGAGCUCUGCCUCUACCUCCACUCCCUCUAAUAUUGAAACUACCUCCUCUAGCACUAAUGGCACUACGAAAUCGAAUUCAUUCGUCCAGAGCAUGAGUCUAACGCUUACGAAUCGUGACGUCGCUCUUUCCACCGUUUUAGAGGACGAUCACGAUCGGCGAAACUUGCCGCCUCAUUGGUAUGUCGCACUGCUGGCUAUUAGUCCGCACCAUCGAGGUAGAGGCGCAGCGCAGUUGUUACUCCAACAAGUGGCUGAGUGGGCACGAAGGGACAAAGUGCCUGUAUACUUGGAGACGGAUGUCAAGACUGCCGAAUUUUACGAGAGAAAGUGCGGAUUUCGCAAGAGGUGGACUGAAAUAGUGGAAGCAGAAGAAGAUGAUGCUAGGAUUAGAGGUUCAUAUCAGUCUGCUCAAGAAGCCACAGGUUGUUUCAGUGGUAUUUUAUCCUCAUCCAACAAGUCUAGAGGCAGUGGCUCAACUGGUUCUUGUUUUCCAUGUAGUUCUUCAUCAAAUCUCCAAGAGAAUGAUGAUGAUAAGUUAGUUGUGUGUGGGAUGUGGUUGGAGCCCUGACGCCAUUGCAUAGUUUUGUAGCAAGCAGCUCAGUGAUUUGAUUAAUUGCACAGACCACAAGAUUGCAUAGGCUUGUUACAGUCCGUGAAUAGAACUUGAGCUUGAAGUUGUUGAAAUCGAAUAUUAUUGCUCCACUUGGUUCUAGACAGAGUAUCCGCAUACAUCCGUUACAACACACGACUGAUAGACACCGGCGUCGAAAACAGACACGCUGAAGUAGGUGACUCAUCACUUCAACGCCCCACGCUCACUAUAUUCCCCAACAAAGUGUCCCAGCAUGGCCAACCAAGAACAAGAUUUAAUAUCGUUUCAGGGUUGUUGGAGACCCCUUAUUAUACCGUCAGGUGUCCUCUGACAUUGUGUUUCGUUUUUAUAGCGGAG